AUGCGGGCUCACACUCAUCCACCCUCAUCAGACCGCUCCGGGGGACUCCCGUUUCCUGACUUUGGCUCUCAGAGAAGCUUUCUCAUCCUCGACGAGCCACCACCGCCACCGACGACGACGACGACGACGACGACGACGACCGCCGAGGAGGGUGGUCCGCGAGACUCGGUCGCUUCGAUUGUUGACGACCCGUUUUUCUUUGGCUACCACAGCACCGCCGCGAAUACUACCUCUGCUGCUGCUGCUGCUGCUGCUGCCACAGCCACCCCCGGCAUCCCUGGCGCGCUAACGACGAGUGCCGGCCACCGCAAUGAAGAGCGCCAGCCGUGGAUUCCCCCAAGGAAAGAUUCACUGAAAGACAUAGGUCCUACACCUUGGAGCUCCUUCUGGCGGUCACGAUGGAUGUACGCUGACAAUUGGACCUCUCAGUUCGAUCGCAACAAACCAGCCAUGGAGGCCAUCAACAUCGCCAUUAUCGGCGUCGAAGGCGUGGGGAAGUCGGCUUUUGUCCAGCGAACGAUACGUUCCACGCGACCGCCGACACAGAACAUGAUCACAUUCAGGCAUGUGCUCGACGGGACGCAGUACUCAGUCACCCUGGUCGAGCUCGAUCUUGAGGGUUUCGAACUGGACCCCCGACAACCAAUACAGUGGCCGAAGCAGGUCGCCGGUCACAUGGUGCCACGAAUAGAUGGCGCCCUGAUCCUGUACGACGUUACCAACAAGGAGAGCGUGCGAGGGCUGGAUUCCACCAUGGCUGCGCUGGCCAACUCUUCCCUGCCGACGGUUCUCGCCGCCACAAAAUGCGACGCCCCCGACGAAGCCCGCCAGAUCGACGUGGCAGAUGUUGCUUCUGCCUUUCCCACCUGUGCCGGUCACUUCAGAACGUCUUUCAACGUGCCGGGAAGCGCUCAGGAUUGUCUCCAGGCUGCUUUAAAGGCCGCGUUGGCUAACAAGCGAGAACAACCGGAAGGAUCGAUGACCAGAAGACGCGCUGCCUCGGCGAGUCUGGAUACCCCUCAAGAAAUGAUCAACGGACGGCCAAUCAGCCAACACAGUAAACACAGCAGGGCAAGCUCCGACCUGUCACUCUUGCGGGGUUUCCCACCGCCCCCAAACGAAAGUCACUACAGGCCCCAGACUUCGAGGUCGCCCAGACUAGACUAUUCUUCUGUUGCUCAGCACAGCAACUCAAAUUUGGGCUUGGCCGUUCCCGAAGACGGCCCGCAAACGACAGUGUCAGCCAUGCUUCGUCAACCGGGCAUUCGACUGGACAGCGGCGCCGAGUCGUUCUUGGAUGUGUCUGAAUCCGACGGAGAAUCGUAUCGGUAUUCGGACGACAUACCAAUACUGCAGCGCAACGAUGAGAACUUUUUGGACAGGCCAGCCAAGGUGGCGGGAGUGAGUUUCGACGACCUUGUCGACAGGCUUGUCGCGCCCAAGAUGGCAAAGGCGGACCAAAACUUUGCCGAUAUCUUUUUGUGCCUAUAUCGAAAGUUUGCCGCGCCUUCCGAUCUGCUAAACUCGAUUCGGGCUCGUCUCGACCAGCUGAGGGAAGACAAGACGACGCACAUUCUGAUCAAGGUGGAGGCUCAGGCGCGGCUGGUCGAGUCUGUGGCGAAGUGGGUGUCGUUGUAUCCUGGGGAUUUUGCCAGGCCGGCAACGAAACGAAGUCUGGAAGAGAUGGUCGGAGAAUUAUCUUUGGAUCCGCUGUUUGUCACGGCUGCCCAGCAGAUGCGUGUUCACCUGGAACACCAGGUGGUCGAGGACGACGACACGGGCUGGGGAAAAUCAGACCCAAUAGACGAGACAGACAACAUGUUUGAAGGUCUGAGCCGACCACACACGGGCAUCACGGGAUCGAUGAACUCGCUCCAACUCGACGACCCCAGCAACCCCCCCUCCAGCCACCACCGACGCCCCUCCCAGAGCUCAGAGAGAUCGGGGUCAGAUAUUCAUGGUCGGACAACGGCCCGGUAUCAAUUCCACACGCUGGAAGACUACGAGCGCGAAGCGGCCACGCUGGUGCCGAUGCCCUCAUUGGCGCUCAACAAGUUCCGCUGGCACCAGUUCAUGGAGCUCGACACGGAGGAGAUUGCCGACGAGAUCACAAGGAUAGACUGGGUCAUGUUCAGCUCGAUCCGGAUCCGGGAUUUGGUUCGGGACGUCUCGCUGAACCGAGAACAAAAAGAAAAGUGCAAAAGCCUCAAGAACGUCAACAGAAUGAUAUCCCACUUUAACCACAUUGCCAAAUGGGUCGCCAACAUGAUUUUGAUCAGAGAUAAAGCCAAGCACCGGGCUUCGUGUCUGGAAAAGUUUAUGCUGAUUGCCUUGAAGCUGAGGCAAAUGAAUAACUACAACGGUCUGGCGGCCGUGCUGGCGGGGAUCAACGGCACGGCGAUCCACCGGCUGUCGCAGACGAGGCAGCUUGUUAGCGCGGAGACGCAAAAGAGGUUUGCGAGGUUGGUGUUGCUGAUGGGGACGCAGAAGAGCCAUUUCGCGUACCGGUUGGCGUGGGAGAAUUCGCCGCUGCCGAGGAUCCCGUUUAUGCCGCUGCACAGACGGGAUUUGGUGAGUGCUGAGGAGGGGAGCAAGACGUUUGUGGGGAAGGGGGGGAGGAGGAUCAACUGUAAGAAGUUAGAGAGUAGGGGGGAGGUGAGGGAGUUGAUUUUGGAUGGGAAGUUGAUGGGGGAUGAGGAGGAUAUAUAUCAACGAUCCAUCCAGGUCGAGGCCAGCAGCGCGGCCGGGGCUGCGGGGGCGGGGGAGGGCAGCACGAAGAAAAAGUUCCCCUGGUUGGCGAAGUAG